CAGCAUCACCACCAUCUUCAUCAGCAUCAUCACCAACAGCAACAGCAACAGCAACAACAGCCACAACUACAGCAACAGCACCACCGUCAGCAACAGUCCAAUUCACAACGGCACUCGCAUCAGCAGUAUCAUUCCCACCUUCACCUAUCACAUCCCCAGACCACUCAGCAAGGAAUGCAGCAGCAACAGCAACAGCAUCUACAUGAGCCCAAUUUGCGCCACUACAAUAGUUCCCAACUACAGCAACAUCAAUUACAGCAACAGCAGCAACAGCAACUGCUGCUUCAGCAUCAGCAAUAUCAACAGCAUCAUCAACAGCAUUCUUCGCAACUGGCGCCACCGAUAUCACACCACAGCAACUAUCAUCAACAUAGUCAUCUUUUACAACGACAACAGAACCAAUCUCAACAACAACCGCCACAUCCUUACACGAUGGAAGCACUGCUCAAUUAAUAAGCUAAAAACAGAAAUGAAUAUGACGAUGGCAAUGAAUGCUGUUAACAGGGAAGCAAACUCAGCUUUGGAAUGUUUGCAAAUCCUUGGCAUGUGAUUGAAAAUUUCAAAGAGAUCAGAUUGUCAGAUUUUGUCAGAUAUGGCUCUGCAUGUUUUGCAAGAAUCGUUGUGUUGUACAAACAGAAGCUAAUCACACUCACUGGCUAGUGUGUGGCGCUGGUGACAGAGAAGGACGUACCAUUUUGUUUCAAUUGGUUCGUGUGUAAAAUCUAUGUUUUGAGUAGGUUUAGUUUUUAAAACCGGAAAAGACUAAGGGGAUACUGACAGCUACAAAUUAGCGACAUCUAGCAACAUACACAACAAACGAAAUGGAAGGGAUCAUACACGUAAGCGUUAGGAAGCAAAGCAAAUAGAAGCCACAGCAGAAAAGUAAGAAUUAGUUAGAAUGAAAAAAAAAAAACACACACACACAAAAAUGACGCUAAAAGAAAAUAAUGGGGUCUUUGGAAGGGAAGAAAGAAAGCAGUUAAGUGACGAUGGUAGAGCAGGAGGAGGUUGCUCUUAAUUUUAGUUGAUAAUGAAAUGAUCUAAAUUAGAUGGACGACUUAGAAGUAAAUAAAUCAGUUAAUAGAAGCAUUACGAAGGACUGGACAGAGGGAAUGAAUUAACACGGACCACCCACCGGACACCCGGGAAAGGGUCCACAGGUCCACUCCCCUCCCCCCCAUACAGAUCCAUCUACAGUUUCUAGUAGAUGCGUGUAGCAUGCAGGCUAGGGCUAGGAGCCACGGAAAAGGGCAAUGAAGCGAUAGAGAUAAACACCGUACUGGCGUACUCAUGCACAAGUGCAUGAUCGGAACGGAGACAAAGCUGCAACAAAAUAUAAAACAAAAAAAUAAUAUUACAACUAGUGACGAAUAUGAACGUAAAGUGAAGGUACGUAAACAAAAAGUUCGGUUAAUGUCUCGAAAUACACACAUUUACAUACAUUUGCACAGUA